CAGCGCGUACUUCCGCGCGUUCCCUUGUUACUUCGACUACCGCAAACUGUGAGUGAGUGCGCGUGCAGUGAGUGCUAUGUGCUCGGCCGCAUGAGGAUCCUGUUGAGCGAACUAGGACUAUCUGGCGCGUGCCUCGGUUUGACCCUGGAGCCGCGCGCCGCCUCUGAGGACUCCGACAAACCAGCGCCAGGUCAGCGCCCGCACGACGAUUCGCCUCCCUCUACUUCUGUGUUUAUUUUCGCUUUCGUUGUGUAGAACCUCUGGGUGUUGUAGACUCUGUGUGGAACUGUUGUGACGAUGGCCAUCGGCUAGAAUGCGAGGUGCGUUGCUGACGCCCUCCAGCCAAUUUUGCGGCCUUAGACAAUUUCUUUUCACACGGUCGAGCGCAAUAGAGUCGCGCUCGCCAAGCGCUUUCUCACCAAACUCAUCCAGCAUGCUACUGCUGCAGACACAAAGCAACUACAGUUCGUCCUUCACUGAUCUUCUGUCAUCGCAGUAUCAAGAAGACUCCUCAGAAAUCUUAGACGAGAAUUUAGAUCCUUUUCCGGACGUAGAGUUUCAUGCUCCGGUACCUCCAGAGAUAAAAUCUCAACGCACUACGCCACUGAGCGAAACACCGUCACCCACGCCAGGACCCGCGUUACCAAGCUUUGAGGAAACAUAUUCAGUUCGGUAUCCAAAACAAGAGAUGGCAGAAUUUGGAAUAAAAAUGGAUGAAGAUUGUUACAAUAUUGGCCCAUAUUCUCACCAAGGGCACGCACCCACUCAAUUACUGUAUCAAUAUCAUCAACCUUCUUUACCCUAUGUUCCGUCGCCUUAUUACGCUCCGCCUCAACCUUGUAGUCCGACUUUCGAUACAGGAAGUGUUACCCCUACACAAGAUUCAUAUUCUUUACCCCCAUUCCCAAGUACAGCAGAUCUACAUAUAACAACAGAUCAAAGUUCACGGCAAAGACGAGCUUCUUUACCCGUACAGAGAUCAGAAUCUAGCAGUUCGAACGAAAGCCCUAAAUUACACGGUGGACGCGUGCACUGUAUGCAAGCGUCAACUCCUAGUUCAGCAGCAAGUUCUCCAGGUGGUGCACCACAAGAUAACGUAGGAGCAAGAGCUGCCCCGCAAUCACCCAGUCAGUUAUGUGCCGUUUGUGGAGAUACUGCUGCUUGUCAGCAUUAUGGUGUUCGCACUUGCGAAGGAUGCAAAGGAUUCUUUAAAAGAACUGUACAAAAGGGAUCUAAAUAUGUAUGCUUAGCUGAAAAAUCCUGUCCAGUAGAUAAAAGAAGACGUAAUAGAUGUCAAUUCUGUCGUUUUCAAAAAUGUCUUGCCGUAGGAAUGGUGAAAGAAGUUGUGAGAACGGACUCAUUAAAGGGAAGACGCGGAAGAUUGCCUUCUAAACCUAAAUGCCCGCAAGAAUCACCUCCAAGCCCACCAAUCUCUCUUAUAACAGCUCUCGUUCGUGCGCAUGUUGAUACUUCUCCUGAUUUUUCUAAUUUAGAUUAUUCUCAAUAUAGGGAACCUAAUCCAAUGGAACCACCAAUGUCAGAUGUGGAAGUAAUUCAACAAUUUUACUCACUGCUGACGACGUCCAUCGAUAUGAUCAAAGUGUUUGCAGAAAAAGUACCUGGCUAUGGGGAUUUAUGUCCUGAGGACAGAGAACAGUUAUUUGCAUCCGCUCGUCUAGAAUUAUUCGUUCUUCGACUCGCUUACCGGACUCGUCCUGAGGACACCAAGCUCACAUUUUGUAAUGGACUCGUCCUUGACAAACGUCAAUGCCAACGUUCCUUUGGGGAUUGGCUGCAUGCAGUACUUGACUUCAGUAACACUUUACACUCAAUGGACAUAGAUAUAUCUACGUUUGCCUGUCUUUGCGCCCUUACUUUAAUAACAGAGAGGCACGGAUUAAAAGAGCCUCACCGAGUGGAACAAUUACAAAUGAAGAUAAUUGGCUGCCUGCGAGCACAUAUGCCAGGAGGAGGAGGUGUUGGUGGAGCCGGAGCACCUCACUUCAGCCGAGUGCUCGGCGCCUUACCCGAGCUACGUUCCUUGUCAGUUCAGGGCCUUCAGCGUAUUUUCUACUUAAAACUUGAAGAUUUAGUACCAGCACCUCCACUCAUCGAAAAUAUGUUCCGAGCAAGCCUACCUUUCUAGAAAGUUUGAACCAACUUCAUGUAGUAAUUGCGGAUGUCCCCGCCCCGGAAACUCGUCCCUAACUUAUCUAGAGCCGACUCCCUUAUUUUUGUAAUUAUUUACUUAAAUUAAAAAUAUUUUUCUAUAGGCUAGUUUCAUAACGUAGAGUUCGAUCUCCAAGGAAUCGGUUCAUGCUUAUAGUAUGAAUUUCAUUAUAAUUAAUUUAAAUUAAAAAUGUUACUUAUUAAGUUGUAAAAUUAACGUACGGUUAAGAUUAAUUUAUUGUUAUUAUUGUAUAUUUGUGUGUGAUUCAGUUAUAUCUGUUAAAAUAUCUACUUAGUAGUCUGCAUUUGAGUUACCGCUCGUGAUCAAUGGCAUCUCGUCGUACAAAUAUUCCUAUGUUAUUUACUUGUGUAUUAUUUUAAUAAGAAAAAUCUAGUCACAAGACUUAUAAAUGUAAAAAUUUGGCUUAUGGGUCACCGAUUUUUUAUAGUAUUUUACAAAUAAUUAAAGCAUUUGUUGAUGUCAAAACAUGAUUGUGAUAAGCGGAGAGUAGGACGUCUUUUCGACCAGUGUUGCGUUUCUUCGUUUAUCUGACACAUGGCAUUGAGUCGAAACGGAAUUAUUGAUAGAAGUUACCUUUUAGGUUUACAUAAUUAUAACGCUUGGUCGUUUAUUUUGUUAUGAUAAAAUCUUGCGUCUAAGGUCAGGGAAAAAGUUCAGCAUGAUACAACUCCUUCAACUCCUACGUGUCUUAUAAAGUACCUUCGUAGAUAGGUAGCUUAGAAUAUUCCUUAAAGUAUAAUAUAAUAUUUUGAAAUGUAGUUUUAAAACAUAUCAGUGUAUUUUAACUAUGAUUAAAAUGCACGCAGAAGUUAAUUACUUGUGAGUACAUAAUAUAGUUAAAGUUAUAAUUAAUUAAUAUAUUAUGAUAUUCAAAUUAAUGUGGUAUGUAACCCAUAUGUACAAUUUAGUACCUAGGUACCUACAAUUAAAUGGGUGAUGAUCCUUAAUGGACCAAAUAGGUAGUACCUAUAUAUACAAACCUUAAUACAUACUUAUCAAAAUUAGAGAACUUAUAAUUUUCAAAGACCGAUACAAAUAUAUUAGACUGAUAGGUAUUUAUAUAUAUUCGUCGCUCGAAAACAAUUUUGUAUAUAUUAUAGUACAUUGAAUUUAAACAAAAAAGACUUGAAAAAGCAUAAUAUAUAAAUUUAUCAAAUCUUGUUUAACUUUUAUAUUAAUUGAUUCAAAAUGUCCUUUACAAAAUUCACUUAAAAGUGAUAUAAAAUAUUUGUUCUCUAGAUUUAAAAAAUGUUAUAGAUUAUAUUAAAGUGAUAAUUUUAUACUAAAUUGUAUUUUGAUAAAAAUGCAAGUGCUGAACUUUUUGCUCGAUACCAGAGCCCCUUUAAUGUACUAGUUAAUUUAUAGAUAUGUAAGUAAGUUACAGUUUAUUUCGUAAUAUUGUAUGUUUCACGCAUUUCUGUAAACAAUAUCUUAAGGUGUCUCCCUACUUUUUCCGUUUUCUAAGAUUUAAAGUGUAAAUAUUAAAUACGAACUUAAAUUAAUAAGUGAAAAAAAUAAACUAUCUGACUGUGGAUUAUUAAUUACAUUUAAAUAUAAUAUGAUAUCUGUUUCGUUCAACUUGAUCAACAAUGUUCAAAUGCACAUAUAGAUAAUAUAAAGUACGUUAAGUUCAACCCUGUUUCACAUUGAAAAUGUAGAUCCUUAUCAAAAACACAUUCCACAAAAACCUUAUAUAAAUCAAAUUAUACAACUACCUUCUUGCUUGUAAUUAACGUACACAAAAGUAGGUGAGCGCUGAAAAUUAUGAACUUGCCAUAGAUGAAUAAGACAUAGGUAUGUAUUUAAACCUGCAGCAUAUUUCAUAAUAAUUUACAGACUUUAAUACCUCCAUUUUGAAUUUUCAUAACUU